AUGAAAGAAGUCGGAGACUCAGUGUCCAAAAGCUCUCUGAUCUCGCCGUCAAGUAAGGACUUGGAGAAUGAUGGUAACAAACAGUUGAAGAUUCAACAUAGAAAGUUAUCAUGGUUGUUCUCCAAAUCUGUGCCUCCACUUCCCUUACCGGAAGAAAGAACAGAGUAUCCCGCCAAGUCUGCCAAUAUCAUCUCCAAGAUCUUCUUUUGGUGGUUGUUCCCCAUCCUUAAGAAGGGCUAUAAAAGAACUCUAGAACAGGAAGAUAUGUUUUUGUUAACUCCGGAGAUUGAAGUCACUGAAAUGACAGAAAGAUUCGAAGUCAUAUUCUAUAGACUUUUGGCAGAGGAAAGAAUUAAAUUCAUCAAAGCCAUUUGUGAAGAAGAUGGUCUUAAUUAUGAUGAAGUCAAAGAUGAUCCUGUGAAAUGUUCUCAAAUCUUAGUUGAUUUCGAAGCCCCGGGCUUAUUGGGUCCAAAGUCUAUGUUUUUGACAUUUAAAGGUCAAUAUCUGUUGUCGAUGAUCCUUUGUGCCAUUGGUAAUUCAAGUAUUACGGUUGCACCACUUUUGUCUAAGAAAUUAAUUACCUUUGUUGAAUUGAAACAGCUUGGUUUGGCUCCCAGUGCUGGUAAAGGGGUUGGUUAUGCCUUGGGUACAUCUCUCUUAACUCUUGUCGGUGGGUUAUUUUUCAAUCAUUACUUCUACAGAGCUAUGUUUACUGGUGCUUCAGCUAAGGGGGUUUUAGCUAAAGCUAUAUUGGAUAAAGCUUUUAAAUCUGAUGCCAAGGCUAGAGCUCAAUUCACUUCAUCAAAACUCACGUCUUUAAUGGGUACCGAUAUCAAUAGAAUAGAUUUCGCCUUUACUUUCCAACCAUUCAUGCUUACAUUCCCAAUUCCCUUCGCCAUUUGUAUUGUCAUAUUAAUCAUCAACAUCGGAGCCAUUUCAUUGGUUGGAGUUGGUCUUGUUUUCAUAUUGCUUAUCUUAUUUGGUGUUCUAGGAGCAGUGAUGAUGGGGUACCGUCGGAAGGCUACCAAGUUCACAGACUCUAGAGUCGAUAGCAUUAAGGAAGUGUUAACGAAUUUAAAGAUCAUUAAGUUCUAUUCUUGGGAAGGUGCUUAUCAUAAAUUGAUCUCAACCAUAAGAAAGAGAGAGAUGGUUAAUAUUUUCAAAAUGCAAGUUAUUCGGGAUUUAAUCACCGCUUUGGCUUUUGGAAUGCCUAUUUUAGUUUCUUGUGUUACCUUUUUAUCAUUGUAUGGAGUGGAUAAAGAGAAACGAUCUAAUCCAGCAGCCAUUUUCUCUUCGGUUUCAUUGAUUAAUAUAUUGGCAUCUCAAGUUAUUAUGAUCCCUAUUGCUUUGGCUACUGGAGCAGAUGCUUGGAUCUCGUUACGUCGUGUUUCCAACUUUCUUGCUAGUUCGGAAUUGAAUUUCAACGAACGUGAUUAUUCUGUUCGUGGAGGUAAACUUAAGGAAAUGGAAAAGCAAGGUCUUGCAAUUGAAGUGAAGAAUGCUUCUUUUGAAUGGGAACAGUUCCCCGAUUAUGAAGAUGAUCCAAAGAAGAAGAAGAAGGAAGGAGAAGAGAAGAAGAAACUGAAAAAGGAAAUCAAACAAGAGAAGAAGAAGAAGGAAGAAGAGAAAAAACGUCUAAGACAAGAAAGAUAUUUAGGGAAUGAUAUAACCACUAAAUCUCCCACAGAAACAACAAAGAAUACCCGAUUCCCAGGGUUGAAGAACUUGGACUUUAAUGUCCGAAAGGGGGAGUUUAUUGUUGUAACUGGGCUAAUUGGUUCAGGUAAAUCUUCAUUAUUGCAUGCACUAUCUGGAGUGAUGAAGAAGAUUGAUGGGUCCGUUAAUGUCAAUGGUGACUUACUUGGUUACGGUAGUCCUUGGGUUCAAAGUGCUACAUUCAGAGAAAACGUUACCUUUGGUACACCAUACGAGGAAAAGAAGUAUAAGGAUAUUAUUUAUGCUUGUUCUUUGGAAAGUGAUCUUGACUUACUCAGUGCAGGUGAUAGAACCGAGAUCGGUGAACGUGGUGUUACGUUAUCAGGAGGUCAGAAGGCCAGAUUAAACUUAGCUAGAGCCGUUUAUGCUGAUUCGGAUAUCAUAUUGUUGGACGAUGUAUUAAGUGCUGUGGAUGCCAGGGUUGGUAAGCACAUUAUGGACAAUUGUAUAUUAGGGUUAUUGAAGGAUAAGACCAGGAUCUUGGCUACACAUCAAUUGUCUUUGAUUGGUGCAGCUGAUAGAAUCGUGUUCUUGAAUGGUGAUGGUACUAUCAGUGUUGGUCUGUUCGAUGAAUUAAGUUCGCAGAACAAAGGGUUCAAGAACUUGAUGCAAUAUUCCACAGAGACAAAGAAGAAGUCUGAAAUAGGUGGUCAAGCUGUGGCUACAAUUAUUGAAGUUAGAGACUAUUCUGAUGAUGAUGAAGACUUUAAUAAUGAUUAUAAGAAGGCUGAUGAUACCCUGCCAGACUUUGAUGAUGGUAAAUUAUAUGAAGAUGAAUCAAGAGCUGUUAAUAGAGUGCAAUUUGAUGUGUUGAAAGAUUAUGUCAAGUGUGGUUCGAAAUCGUUCACUGUGCCUGGCUAUUUACUGAUAAUGUUCUUCUUUAUCACUCUUGCAACCUUUUCUCAAUUGUUCACCAAUGUGUGGUUAACUUAUUGGGUCGAAUUGAAGUUUGAUAGACCUCCUGGAUUCUACAUUGGGAUUUAUAUCAUGUUAACCUUUGUGUCGUUGUUCUUGUUGUUUGUUGAGUUUAUCUUGAUUGUCUACAUCACCAACAAGGCGUCGGUGGUGUUGAAUAUUCUUGCAGUUAAGAACGUUUUGCACACUCCAAUGAGCUAUAUUGAUACCACACCAAUGGGGAGAAUCAUGAACAGAUUCACCAAGGAUACAGAUGUGUUGGACAAUGAAUUGGGGACCUUGGUGAGAAUGGUGAUCUUUGGAUUUGCAAGUAUCAUUGGAAUUUUGAUUCUUUGUAUCAUUUACGUCCCUUGGUUUGGAAUUGCCAUUCCAUUUCUUGGACUUAUGUUCUACGUUAUUGUUGAUUUUUACCAGGCAUCCAAUAGAGAAGUGAAGAGAUUAGAAGCUGUGAAUCGGUCAUUUGUCUACAGCAAUUUCAGCGAAUCUUUGAAUGGUAUUGACACCAUCAGAGCAUAUAAUCGGAAGCCAGACUUUUUGGAACGUAAUAGACAAUUUAUUAACACCAUGAAUGAAGCUUAUUAUGUUGUCGUUGCUAAUCAAAGAUGGUUGGGUAUUAGCUUGGAUGUUCUUGGGUUUUUCAUCCUUUUGAUUGUUUCGUUAUUAUGUGUCUUCCGGGUGUUCAGUGUGGGGGCGGCUUCGACCGGGUUAUUGAUGUCUUAUUUGCUUCAGAUUAUGGGCCAACUUUCGUUUUCUGUUUCCACAUAUACUCAAGUUGAAAAUGAGAUGAAUUCCGUGGAAAGAAUGAGAGAAUACGCUUAUGCGUUACCUAAGGAAGCUGUAUAUGAGAAGUUGGAGUUGAAACCUUCGUCUGAUUGGCCACAGAAGGCAGAAAUUACCUUUGAUAACGUCAACUUACGAUACAGAGAUGAUCUUCCCUUGGUAUUGAAGAACCUCUCAUUUAAAGUCGGCCUGGGUGAGAAGGUUGGUAUUUGUGGUAGAACUGGGGCCGGGAAAUCGUCUAUCAUGGUAUCAUUAUUCCGUAUUGUUGAAUUGGAAUCCGGAACCAUUAGUAUUGAUGGGAUUGAUCUUGCCCAACUCGGGUUGCACGAUGUUAGAAGUACGCUUUCGAUUAUUCCUCAAGACCCGGUUCUUUUUCGGGGGAAUAUUCGGAAGAACUUGGAUGCCUUUGGUCAGUACAGUGAUGAGGUUCUUUGGGAUGCAUUACGGAGAACCGGAUUAAUUGAUUCUUCCAGAUUAGAAGAAGUCAAACUGCAGGUGGUUUCCAGCGACGGUGAUGACUCCAGUCUAGACAAAUUCCAUUUAGAUAAGAGUGUGGAAGAUGACGGUGCCAACUUUUCAUUGGGUGAAAGACAAUUGAUUACAUUUGCUAGAGCUUUGGUUCGGAACUCCAAGAUACUUAUUCUUGACGAAGCUACUUCAUCUGUGGAUUACGAAACUGACGCAAAGAUUCAAGAGACUAUACGAAGCGAGUUCUCCCAUUGUACCAUUCUUUGUAUUGCCCACAGGUUGAAGACUAUUAUCAAUUACGAUAAGAUCAUGGUUAUGGAUAAAGGUACGUGUGUUGAGUUUGAUACUCCAUGGAAUUUGUUCAAUACCAAUGGUUCCAUAUUCCAGCAAAUGUGUGAGCGGUCUCAUUUAGUUGCCAAUGACUUUAAGCAUGAUUAA